AUGAAGCUCUGUUGUGCUUCACCUGGCAAGGAUGCAGCUUUCAUUACCAUAAACAGCUACGUCGCUGCUAGCUCUGCAGACGGCCAGAAGCCUGUUGUGUACCAAGCGUUACGCAUGAAGGCCACAACUUCUGUUCAAGACGUGCGAGACACGUCCGACGCUGAGGAUGACGUCGAACCCUCUGUUACGAAGCUCAAAGAACGCAGCAGCAUCUGGAAGUACUUUCGCCGAGCUACUCGUUCAUCGGCGGAGUGUGAUGCAUGCAAGUUCGUAUUGCAAACGCCGACAGGCACAACGACGCCUCUCGUAAACCACCUUAAGCGUCAUCCUGCCCUUUUGAAGGAGUAUAACGACCUACAACAAAAGGCCAACGCAAAGGCAUCCAAAAGAGAUCAGCCUACGCUCAAAGGCUUGCUACGUGGUACGGAGCCUCUGCCGGCGAAGAAGAGAUGCGCUCUCAACAGCAAGCUAACAGCAAUGGUGGCCCUUGACCUUCAGCCGUACAGUAUUGUGGAGGGCCGUGGAUUCAGAGAACUGAUGUCGGAGGCCGUCCCAAGUUACCGCUUGCCGUGCAGAUCUACGCUGUCGCGAGGCAUGGUGGCGAGGCUCUAUGAUGACACCCGAAGCAAAGUAAAGUCGAAGCUGAAGAAAGCCUUAGAGGGUGGCCACGUGAGCGUUGCGUUCACUAGCGACAUGUGGACGUCGCGCGCUAAUGAGAGUUACUGCUGGCAACAUCGCAGCUGCAUCGCAGGAAAUGUGUUCAGAGUGGGAGAUCCCAGGCGGAUGGGAUGCGUGAAGUUCAUUGUUACGGACAACGGGCGGAACAUUCGUGCUGCGGUGAGGCAGCUUCCUUGGAGCGAAAGGGCGUGCUUUGCACACACCUUGCAACUUGCUAUCAAUGAUUCACGAGCAUGCAUCCCGGCUGUCGACCAACUUUCCAAGCGGGCACGACACAUUGUAGGACAUUACAAGCAUAGUUCAUCAGCACAAAAACAGCUCGACGAGUAUCAACCUCGCAAAGGUCAAUCGGUGUUGCGGCUAGUCCAAGAUAUCGUGACAAGGUGGAACAGUCAGUACCUAAUGCUGUCUCGGCUGCUUGAACUGAAGGAGGCAGUUACUGUUGAACUUGCAACGUCUGACAGUGCCAUCGAUGGACUCGCGGCAACUGAGUGGAAACAUGCCUCUGAGCUUGUGGAGGCUCUGAGACCAUUGUUCGAUGCCACAGUCACAGCAAGCACAGAACAGUACCCUUCGCUAUCGUCUCAGAUUCCAAUGAUUUUCGGCAUCCUGCACUGUCUCGACAAUAUGAGUGAUACAUCAGGGUUUUCUAAAAAUUUCGCGAAGUGUAUCAGGGUAAGGUUCCCAGUCUAUGACCAAGAUAAAGAGGCAUGCCUCGCAAUGUUCCUAGACCCACGGUUUAAGUCAACCAUUUUCAAGAAGGACGCACACAAGCUGAAAUGGUUGGAAGGACUUAUAUUGGACGAACUAAACGCCCAUGCCACAUGGUCUGAACUAGAAGGUGAGCUCACCGACUUCGAGCAAAGUGCAAACAAUGUUGCAGCCACCUCAUCACAGGUGUGGAAUGCAUUUGACAACUUGGCAAACUCAGACGAAGUGUUUGAACCAGAUAGAGAAAUUGAAGGAUAUGCAAAUGAUGUGCUGUUGAAAAGGGACUUGAGUCCCUGUCAGUGGUGGCAGACGACAGGUUGA